UUGCUUAUUCCAACCCAACAACCACCCCACCAGAUUUUGCUAGUUGGAUUUCCAGGCCACACAAUACAAUGUACGAGCAACGUUCAGUAUAAAUGAUUAUGUCCCACUCCACCAUGAAAAGAGAGGAGUUAGCUAGCUAGGGUUUCACUUUCAGGUGACAGUGCACGGGGCCACUGAAUUGCAAGGAUUUUUAGACCUGCAAGUACUCGGGCGUCAACACCACCAUAAUGCACCACUUCAUCUGCACAGGCACAGCAAUGAGAAUCUGGGAAACAGAGCCACAUUGAAACCACAAACCAUUCUGACAUGUACCUCUGCUAAUCAAAGAGGAAGGAAGACUCAAGACAAACCCAAUUCGAUGACAGCUACAAGUCCACCAGCUUCCGUUACUAAUGCAUCCCCAACCACCAUCUGCCUCCAUAGUUUGAGUCUUCUUCUCGCAAUGGAGGGUGCGGUGAAAGGUCAUCUACAAGUCCCGGCGUUUGGGUGUUGGAACCACCACUACUGCGACGACCUCCCCAUCGGCCAGUACUUCGACUCGUCGGAGUUCUUCCGCGGCCGUUUCAAUGUUUCAGUGGCCGGAAGGGCACGUCGCGGAGAGCUCCACAGGGAGGUAACCAUGAAGCACCAGCAAAGUGGAGCUGGGAAGGCUGUGGACGAGGACCUGUACAAAGUCCCUCCGGAGAUCCUCCACCAAAAGCCAAAGAAGAGGUUGCUGAGGAAUCUGUGGGGGUGUAUGAGAGUCAGCAGCAUUGACAUGGACUAGACUAUAGUGUGGGAGUUUGAAAGAGACAUUAAAUUAACUUUUACUGCGUGAGCUAAGGACUUGGAGCUUUGUUGUGCUCUUUUUUGUACUAUUACCGCUGUUGCUUGUUGCUUUGAAUCAAUGGGAUGUAUCUUUGCAUCAAUGACAGCACAGUGAGGAAGAAAUAUUAAGCAAGCUAUGGCGAUCUCUUCCCUUGUCAGCUUUUACUUUCGCUAGGU